CGGAAGUGAAAUCUGGUUUCCUCUGUGGAGGCGGGUUUGCCGAGCGGAAGUGACGCAGGGUUGCCCCCGCUGUGUUUUGGUUGUGACAGGAGAGGGAGGCUCGGCUGUUCGAGCGUUGGUUCCGCUGUCUCCGAGUGACUAGAUAUCGGUGACUCAGAUGGACCAGUCCUCUCAGUCCUACACGCUUGCCAAUUUAACUCAUUUGCACUCAGAACAACUUCUCCAGGGUCUGAACCUUCUCCGCCAGCGACAGGAGCUCUGCGAUAUUGUUCUUCAAGUCGGUGAUGUCAAGAUUCACGCCCACAAAGCGGUGCUUGCCAGCAUCAGCCCUUACUUCAAAGCCAUGUUUACCGGGAACCUUUCCGAGAAAGAGAACUCGCAAGUGGAGUUUCAGUGCGUUGAUGAAGCCGCCUUGCAGGCGAUCAUCGAAUAUGCUUAUACAGGGACAGUCUUCAUUUCCCAAGAGACAGUAGAAUCCCUUCUUCCGGCAGCAAACCUCCUCCAAAUCAAGCUCGUGCUGAAAGAAUGCUGUGCAUUCCUGGAGAACCAGCUGGAUGUUGGUAACUGCAUUGGCAUCUCCCGCUUUGCUGAGACUUAUGGUUGUCAUGAACUCUACCUGGCGGCCAACAAGUUUAUUUGUCAAAACUUUGAGGAUGUUUGUCAGACAGAAGAAUUCUUUGAGCUUACAAAUACGGAGUUACGUGAAAUCGUCUCAAACGACUGUUUGAAUGUUGUAAACGAGGAGUCCGUCUUUUAUGCACUGGAGUCCUGGAUUAAGUAUGAUGUGCAGGAUCGUCAGAAGUACUUGUCUCAGCUUCUGCAUUGUGUCCGACUGCCAUUGCUAAGUGUCAAAUUUCUUACUAGAUUAUAUGAAGCAAAUCACCUUAUACGCGAUGACCACACAUGUAAACAUUUGUUGAAUGAAGCUCUGAAAUACCAUUUUAUGCCUGAACACAGACUUUCCCAUCAAACUGUGUUUAAAACACAAGCCCGCUGUGCUCCCAAAGUGCUCUGCGCAGUGGGAGGGAAAGCAGGACUGUUUGCCUGUCUGGAAAGCAUGGAGAUGUAUUUUCCGCAGGACGAUUCAUGGAUAGGUCUGGCUCCUCUCUCUUCCCCUCGUUACGAAUUUGGCUUAUGCACUCUGGACCAGAAGGUCUAUGUAGUAGGUGGGAUAGCGACUCACAUGCGUCAAGGUAUCAACUACAGGAAGCAUGAGAGUUCUGUAGAAUGCUGGGACCCUGUGACCAACACAUGGACUUCUGUAGAGCGAAUGAUAGAGCCUCGAAGCACACUUGGAGUAGUUGUUUUAGCAGGUGAACUGUAUGCCUUAGGUGGGUAUGAUGGACAAUCUUGUUUACAGUCAGUGGAGAAGUACAUCCCAAAGGCCAAGGAAUGGCAGCCUGUGGCACCAAUGAUCAAAACGAGGAGCUGCUUUGCUGGGGCUGUGUUGGAUGGCAUGAUCUAUGCCAUUGGUGGCUAUGGUCCAGCUCAUAUGAACAGUGUGGAGCGGUAUGACCCAAGUAAAGAUUCCUGGGAGAUGGUGGCAUCAAUGGCUGAUAAAAGAAUUCAUUUUGGGGUCAGCGUGAUGUUGGGCUUCAUUUUUGUUGUUGGGGGUCACAAUGGUGUGUCUCACCUAUCGAGUAUCGAGAGGUACGAUCCCCAUCAGAACCAAUGGACUGUUUGCCGGCCUAUGAAGGAACCUAGAACAGGUGUUGGCGCUGCUGUCAUUGAUAACUACAUCUACGUUGUGGGUGGACAUUCUGGGUCAUCUUAUCUUAACACUGUGCAGAAAUAUGACCCUCUUUCUGACACGUGGGUGGACUUGGCAGGGAUGGCAUAUUCUCGCUGCAAUUUUGGUCUCACUGCUCUAUGAUGGAAAGCGUGAACACAAGCACAGUGUCUGAUUCUAUCGCUGCAUGAGAGGGCGUACAGGGGUUUUCAAGCCAGGCAUGGCUCCCAAAAGGAUUGGAGACAGGCUGAGGGUCAGUCCUAUAAAGAUCAGAAUGGUUAUUCCUAGUCAAUGACUCUCAGCCAGCAUGACCACAUGUCCCCAAAAUGACUGCAGUAAAAUGUAGACAAAAGUAAGAGUUUAAAAUAAAUGUCUUAGUGGCAA